AUGUAAGCUUUCUUUAAAGCAUAAACGUUAUUUAAACAAGUUUAAUAUGAAGGAGUUUUUAUUACAUGUGUUAAAAUGUGAUGUAAUGCGAUACAAAUGUUAUUUAAUGAAUGUAAACUUUGGUGAAAUUGAGCCUCAUUAGUUUAUUUUUUAACUUUGCUGCCAAACAUUACAUAAUGACACGACUCCUCUCUGUGAUUGGCUGAGCGGCCUGUCAGUCAGUGACGCAGCGUCCAAUGAGAGACGGCGGCAGGCGAUACGAACUGGCAGCCGCCAUGUUGUGUCUCCGGGGGCCCGGAGCGACGUCCGGUAGUAAACAGUAGAUGACGUUACCGCCCGCUCGGCACUUCACAGGAAACGGACCGCAGCUGGAAGAUGAGCCGUCCGUCCUCAGCCGGAGCCGGAGCCGGAGGUGGAGGUGGACUCGGGGCCGGGAAAGCAGGCGGAGGGAAGCACGGCGGAUCGGGAGGCGCAGCUGCCGCCGCCGCAGCAGCAGCAGCCGCGGCCGCAGCAGCGGCAGCAGCCGCCGGUGUGGGCUCCGUGGCUGGGUCGGGGUCCGCUACCCCUUCUACCGCUGUGUCUCUGACCACGGCGGGUCUUCCCGGGCAGUCCCCGGAGCUCACGGCGCUGUUCGAGUGCCCGGUAUGUUUCGACUACGUCCUGCCGCCCAUCCUGCAGUGCCAGGCGGGUCACCUGGUCUGCAACCCGUGCCGCCAGAAGCUGAGCUGCUGUCCGACCUGCCGAGGCCCUCUCACCCCGAGCAUCCGGAACCUGGCAAUGGAGAAGGUGGCCUCCACACUACCGUUCCCCUGCAAGUACUCGUCGGCCGGUUGUCUGCUGACGCUUCACCACAGUGAGAAGCCCGAUCAUGAGGAAGUGUGUGAGUUCAGGCCGUACACCUGUCCGUGUCCCGGAGCUACCUGCAAGUGGCAUGGAUCGCUGGAGGCCGUCAUGCCUCACCUGAUGCACGCACACAAGUCUAUCACCACACUGCAGGGGGAGGACAUCGUCUUCCUGGCGACAGACAUCAACCUGCCGGGCGCGGUGGACUGGGUGAUGAUGCAGUCUUGUUUCAGCCACCACUUCAUGCUGGUCCUGGAGAAGCAGGAGAAAUACGAAGGCCACCAGCAGUUCUUCGCUGUUGUGCUGCUCAUUGGCACCCGAAAGCAGGCAGAGAACUUCGCCUAUCGGCUGGAGCUCAACGGCAACCGACGGCGGCUCACCUGGGAGGCCACGCCGCGCUCCAUCCAUGACGGGGUUGCGGCUGCCAUCAUGAACAGCGACUGUCUAGUGUUCGACACCUCCAUCGCUCAUCUAUUUGCCGACAACGGCAACCUGGGGAUCAAUGUCACCAUCUCCAUGUGCUGAACGGCAGUCACAGUCAGUAUCCACAAACAGUAGAUGGACAUCACGAUGCAGGAUCAGUUUGGGAGCCAGGGAGGUGUCGAGUCCACCUGUCUGGUUCUGUGGUUACAGGGACUCCUGUGCUGUAAACAUCCUGUGUCGGUGGUGCAGCUGGCUGAGCAGCUGGAGUCAUUUAUGAGGAAAAACAUUUGAAGCGCUGAGAGACAACUUCUCAAACGACUCAGAAGACCAGCUCCACCAGGUGUGAUGUCUGUGUUUGGUCUUUGAUGAAUUACAGGACAGAACGGGUCGUCCUCCUGUCCCUCGAUUAGGCACCAGAGGAAAAGUGGAAGAAACCUCCACCAGUGUUGAGCAUCAGGCCUCUGUCCUUUGGGAAACGAUGGAAAAAGAGGUCAGGCCUGCUGUUUUGACCAGCACCUGUCCAGACCUGGACAUCUGGACUCAACAGAAGCCGAGCUGUUAUGAGUUUAUUCGCCUAAGCAGAAAAGAUUCUGGUCUCAGGCGCCACAUCAGUCUUCCCGUUGGCCCGAUGUGUUCACAAUAUUCUGGUCUUUGCUGGCAGCACUGGUGCUUUCAGCCAGGGUCCAAUCCACAGUGUCCACCAGCAGAGUCUAUAUAACCGUCAACAGCUGCACUGACAAAUUGGCUAUCUUACGUUAGCGUAGCUUAUUGAAGAUAGAUUGGUAUUGGUGUGUUUGUCAGCUGAUAAGUAACAAAAAGCUAGUACGGUGUCUCCAUUGCAGUUUGUCUCUAACAGGUUUAUUUUCACACUGUAAAUGUCAUGCUUAAUCUGUAUUUUAGUCAAUAUCCUUUAAUCGAUCAGGCUCAAGAUUCUUUAUAAUGUUUUGUGUUUGACCGAUGUAUCGUUACAAUACAGUCCCAACAAAGUAAAGCUGGGGUCCAUCUUCAAAGUCUUCGACUCGGCUGCUUGAAAAAGGCUGCUGGCAGUUCAAGUAAAGCAGAAUAAUGUGAACACGCCUGUUCAGUAAGUGGGGCUGAGUGGAAGGCUGCUGGUUCAGAUCCCUGCAGGUCUAUAAGACUGGACUGAUGGCAUCGAGCAGCGUUGUGACUCUGCAGGCUCGUCUCUCACAUUUUUGGAGGUCAGUGUUCGACCUCUGUGGGAAUUGGCUGAGCUGCAAAAUCCAGUUAAUCCUCAGACCUUCUUUAAUCUCAGAUAAAAGCAGUGAAAUGGAGGAAUAAUCCUCAGAUCCCUCUUCCUGCAGUUUGUUUAGCCGCCAGCGCCUUACUUUUCUACCGCCAACCUCCUCCUCUUCUUCUUGUUCAAGGUCUUUGUGAGGGAGUCGUGGUGCUGAAGUGCUUCACCUACCCAGUGAAACACAACCGAGCCUGUUUUACAGUAUGACAAACAUAUUUAAAUUUAUUUUUUAAUUUUAAAAAUCAGUAACACAAUGGACGGACAUUAUUCCCUUUAUUUAGCUCAAAGCGCAUAUGGCAUUGUGGAUAAAAAACAAAACAAACAAACAUUAAAAAAAAACAUUCCUUGUCUAUAAAUGUUUGUAGCAACUGACCAGGAAGAAACCAACGUCACAAGAUACCUCCGACUACAGACACGUCUGUAACUGAACCGUGAACCCCUCAGACCUCAGCGGCGUUUCCUCUUUGUUUGGUUUGCUAGAAAAAAAAACAAUGUUAAUUUCAAAAAAGCGUUGACCUCAAUAAAGGCUCAAUAAAGUCAUCUAAAAAAAAAAGCCAUAUCCAUUUUACUGAUUUACAAAAUAUUUUCUAGCCACUCUCCAGCCAGAGAUGCUGCACAACCCAUGAAUUUAAAUUGCCGUUUUCAAGCCCGGUUAAUUGCAAACAGAUGAUGGGCUGUGGCGAAUAAUCACAAUGUUUGCUAGCGAGAAAAUUGUGCAAUUGCUUGUGAGUGUUGUUGAAGCGGCAGAGUUGAUUUGUUCCAGUCCAGUGAGUCACUGUUAAGAAUAGUAAACGGUACGAAAGAAAGAAAAGUAAACGUUGAUCUAUGGAGCUGUUAAAUUCCACAUUUAAUGGAAAGAAACUUACUUUUAAUAGCUGAGCUGACAUUAACUACUGAGUUAAUACUCUCACAUACAGAUUAUAUUCUGGUGUGGCAUCGCUUAAUCUGUUGCAUGUUGGCGAGCUAACUAAUUAACAUCUUGGCUGAAACUCAUUACCUUACAAGCUUUUAGUUAGAUAGUAAUCUAGAAAACAAAUGUUAUCCAACCACUUGUGCAUCUUAAUAAAGAUUUUAGUCAGCUAGUUAACAGAGAACACAGUCAAAGUACAAAUAAAAUAAAUGAAUAGCUUGUCUUAACAUCAUUUUAACUUUAACUUUUAAUACCACUUGUAAACUGUAAGGGAGGACUGACUUGGCAAAUCCUUUUUCUUUUCCUGCUGCAUCAGAAAGCUUUAAAGACUCAUUCAUUAUAGUACUAUUCAUUAAAAUAGAGAUUAUUCAUGGUCCUCUGUGCUUUAUUUUCAUUAAAUCCAGGUGAUUUUGGAUGUCUCACUUAAAUCUGAUCGCUGCCGUUUUUUUUGCUGAAAAAUAAACACAGAGGAAACGCUGCUCUCUGAUAAUCACUUCCACUCAACAACUCGCCGACUUUCUACAAAAUGUUUGAAAAUAUUGUAAAUGAAGUUAUAAUGACAAUAUAUUUUCUAAAAACAAAGACUGCUGCAUUUAUUCCUCGUGCUAAUUUUGACAUGUAUUUGUGUUUGUUCAGGCGUACAACGAUUUUUUGAAAGUAAUAUUUUGUAAGCUGUUCAUGACGUUGUUAAUUCUCUUCUGUUCUGCUGAACUGUCACACCUCAACAUUAUAACUGUUACACCAUGGACUACUGUUCAUUCAUAGUGAAGUAGAAAAGUGUAUUCAGGUCUAGUAUGGACAUGAAACUCUCCUGGUUGAAUGUUCGGUACAGAAAAUGAACAUCUGUGGUAGAAAAUAUGUUGGUUAUUUGAUUAAAACUCAAAAAGCCUGUGGAUGUAAAAGUCAACUACGACUCCCAGAGUGCAUUUCAGUAACAUAAAUAUCUAAUCUAGAUUCACACUCACACUUAAAUUUGCCACAAGCUAAAAAAUUGUUGAAACCUGAUAAAAUAUUCAGCAUUUUGAAUCCAUUUGGGAUUCAAUUAAUAAUCAGCAGCAGCUGAGGCUCAUGGGUAUUGUAGUAUUUAGAGCCGUCCACCAACCUGAAAGGAAAAAAAACUGUAAAAUACAGUGUUACCAAAAUGUGUCUAAUUCUCUCCUCUUUGAAGAGUUUCUGUCAUGGCAGUGGAACAAUUUAAAAAUAUCAGAUCUAUAAUCAAUAAAAAAAGUGACUGGUAUCGUCUUUACAUCAUCCGACUGUGAUAAGAGGAUGUUUUUGUUAUCAGUGUUGUGUGAUGUUUCUAUAAUAAAUGAUUGCAGUUUG